UAUCUCCAAACAGGAACCUUCUGAAUUUGUCGUUUCAGACAAGCCAACAGCCACAGCUCCACUCCAACCAACACCCAAAUUUAUUUGUGAUUCAAAUUCGGUGAAUUUAAACCACCAACCCAUUUUCUCUUUACCUUUAUUACCGAUUUCGUUUUGUAGGCGGAGGACCGUUUACGGUCACGCUGGCCGCUCACGAGAUCCCUCAGAAUAUUAAAGGUUCUUUCAUUUAACAUACUUAAGAGAGGCCGGUGCUCCUGUAUUCUGGUUGAGAUAUAUAUAUUGGGAGUAUGAGAUUAUCUUCUCUUGGUUGUAGUUGUGAUUGUAUCAUCUGUUUCGAACGGCUACCAGAUUUACUUCAAUUGAGCCAGGGAAAUGCCAUCCAAUAAUUUUUCAAGAUUUCGUGGUGCAAUCUGGCAAGGAUUCUGGAGAUCAACAUAUGGGCAAGAAACUGGUAUUCAAGGUCAGAUAGAUGAUUUGAUUGGCCAGGGGAGGUUGUUGGUUGGCCGCUCUAGGCUCUUGCAUUUUGUACCCUCUGAAACAAAUAGUGGCUCGCAUAUAUUUGUUCGGUCUGGUACACUUGCUGCUGCUCAAGUGGAUCUACAUUUAGCCAAUCGAAGAAGAAACCUUUCAGUUGUUGAAUCAUUUUCUCGAGCAAUUUCCAUACCAUCUAUUUCAGGGCCUUCAUUUCAGGUUUGUGGGCAUCACAUUGAUUGUUUGCUAUCAAGGCCUUCUAAAGUCUCUGGGAUCAGCUCUCCGAAAUCACUAAUGGCUGGUUGUGGGUCCAGAUUGCCUCACACUGAGUGCUCUAUUGGAAAUUUGUCUCCUAGACAUGUUAAAAAUGGUGCUGCUUCAUAUCAUUCUUCUUGUGUGUAUAAAAGGAGUAGUGUUGGAUAUUGUAGAAACGCUACCAUGAGUUUGAGAAAUAAAGAGCAGCCUAAUAACUUCUUGUUGUAUGCUUAUUUCAUAUACAAUGCCGCGAAGAGAAAGGGGAGUAGCAAUCCAUUCCUUGGAUUUGGAUUUGAGCGUUCUUAUCUAUCAUCACCUGCAUUUUCAUCUGCCGGCAAUGCACCAGAGGUAUCAUUUGAGAACUCCGUGAAGGAAGAACAGCGGUCAACCUCUGCUGAUUCAUCUGAGCUGAACAGUCCAAUCGUCAGAGCUUUGAAGCUGAAUUCAGGAUCUUGUUACCUGCCCCAUCCUGACAAGGAAGAAACUGGCGGAGAAGAUGCUCAUUUCAUAUGUUUAGAUGAACAAGCCAUCGGUGUAGCUGAUGGUGUAGGUGGAUGGGCUGAUCUAGGUGUUGAUGCAGGUUUGUAUGCACGUGAGCUUAUGUCACAUUCAGUCAAUGCAAUUCAAGAAGAACCAAGAGGCUCUGUCGACCCUGCCAGAGUCCUACAAAAAGCCUACACUAGCACAAGGGCAAAGGGAUCCUCAACUGCUUGUAUUAUUGCUCUCACUGGUGAGGGUCUCCAGGCCAUUAAUUUAGGAGAUAGUGGGUUUAUGGUUGUUAGAGAUGGAAGUACGGUUUUCAGAUCCCCUGUUCAGCAGCAUGAUUUCAAUUUUACUUAUCAGCUGGAGUGUGGGAGUACUGGCGAUUUGCCUAGCUCCGGACAGGUGUUUACAAUACCUGUUGCUCCAGGAGAUGUGAUAAUAGCUGGGACUGAUGGGCUAUUCGACAAUCUGUAUAGCAAUGACAUUACUGCUGUUGUGGUUCAAGCUACAAGAGCUAGUUUAAAGCCACAGGUGACAGCACAGAAAAUAGCAGCAUUGGCACGGCAACGAGCACAGGACAAAAACAGGCAGACACCUUUCUCUGCUGCAGCACAAGAAGCUGGUUUCCGUUAUUAUGGUGGGAAGCUUGAUGACAUUACCGCAGUUGUUUCUUAUAUUACUAGUGACCACAAGGACAAACUCUCAAGCAAAAGCUCUGACUAGAGAAAUAGUUUGUUGUGGCAUUCGACUAUUUUUGGAAGGAGAGUUUGCCUCAAAGACUCUCGAGGGCUUGAAGCUGUUAUGUUGCUUUCAUAUAGUGAAUGAAUGUGAGUGUAUAUAAUACAGUUAUGUGUAGUUAUGUGUUGGUAGGUAUGGUGAUUUCACAUUAUAAACGGAUGUAUGAAGCAAAUAGAGGAAGAGUGAGAGUUUUGGAAUUUAUAGUAGUUGCAUUAUGCAUUUAAUCUUUCUCUUCA